AGAGAGAGAGAGAGAGAGAGAGAGAGAGAGAGAGAGUAUGAUUGAUAGUUUGAUUCUGUGGGAAACCAAUAAUGGACUUCUGUCUUUCGCUUUUGGCAUCCGCUGUGUUUACUCAAAACGUGUCAAAUAGAAUUUUUAUAUAUACAAGAAAUGAAAGCACAGAACCAGAGAAGGUAAGCUGUUGUGAAAUUAUAAUAAGCACAAAGUUAUACUCGUAUACAUAGUAUUUAAUAACAAAGAUCAGAAAGCAAUUACCAACAUAUCUUUGUAAUUUUCUUUUAAAAAAAUAUUAGACAAGAAAUAAAAUCCUAUAUACAUGACCUUUUUCUUGCAAAUGAUACCAGCCGUGAAAUGUAGUUUUUUGAAAGCUGCAUCUAAGCCUUCCUCGUUAAGGCAAUUAAUAACAUUUCAAAUUGAAUGCCAUAAUUAAUUAACUGAUGUCGAACCCACAUGGGCACCACCCGAUUUUUAAGUUCAUUUCAUUUACGAAUCUACUAAAGUAAUGUAUAUUUAAACCAAUUUGUGACAUAGUUGCGGUUUUGGAAUCGGUUUCGUUCUUAUAUUAUCCGAAUGCAGUGCAUGUAAUUGAUGCCCUAUAUAAGAUAAACAUCAUUUCCUUCUUCUCCAUCUUUCUUUAUAAGUUGACAUUUUUUUUACAGCAACUAGUCUUUCUCCUGUCCCAUGGAUUCAUCUACAUGUCCUGUUCUGAGCCACGCUUCAGAAUCUCCAGGAAAGAUUGGAUCAUCCAUUCCUAAUAAAAUGGACCGAACGUUGGAUCUUGAAUCGGGCACAAACCAUGAGUUGAGCAAACCGGUUCCUGGGAUGUGGCGGUUUCCUACAAAUCCAGAUCUGUGUUGCAUCUACAGAGUACCAGACUGUCUACGUGAAGUAAACCCAAAAGCAUACACUCCUCAGCUGGUACUCAUUGGACCGCUUCACCGUUCUUUAAAAUCUCAAGCUCUCAAGUCUCGAGGAGAUAUCACCAAGGCAAAGUCAUUGGGAUACUUAAACACGGAGGCGCAUAAGAAGAUUUACCUAGUUGAGUUCACAAAAAGGGUCGAAGGGAGCAAAGUUGUUGAAGAACUCAAAAGAGAAAUCAAGGAAGACGAAGAUAUGAUCAGGGCAAGCUACUCAGAAUCAACGACCUGGAUUGACUCUCCAGACUUUGUGGAGAUGAUACUGCAUGACUCUAUUUUCAUAAUAGAGCUCAUGUUAAGGUUUAACUUAAAAGGACCUGAGAGAAUAGGGGAUCCUCUGAUGGACGAGCCUUGUCUUGAAAACACAAUCAAAAGGGAUCUUAUUUUGCUCGAGAACCAACUUCCUUACUUCAUCUUGGAAAAACUCUUUGAUCCAAUCAUCAAAAUACUGUACCCGAGCGAGACAAUGCGUACACUUGUUAUCAGCUACUUCGAACUAGACAAGAAGAAGAAACUCAAAGAGAGCUCCAAGUUCAGACAUUUCACUGAUUUGUUCAGGUGUAUCCGCGUGGAAACACUUCCUGAAGAUGGUGUAGGGGGUUUCGAACACAUAGCAAAGAUGCAUAAUGCAGAUAAGCUAUAUAACAGGGGAGUGAAGUUCGAGGCUAUAGAAGAAGAGUUUUCUGUUUGGGUGAAAUUCGACGUUGAAACUGGUUGUUUGAAGAUACCUUGUUUCCGGGCUGAUGAUGACAUGGAGAUAGAACUUAGAAACAUAAUGGCGUUUGAGCAAUCGUAUUAUCCUUACAAUGCCUAUGUUUGUGACUAUGUAACGUUCUUGGAUUUCCUGAUCGACUCGGAGAAAGACGUAGACUUGCUCGUUGAGAAAGGGAUCAUAAAGAAUUGGCUUGGGCACCACGGUGCAAUCUCUACGUUGGUGAACAAGCUCGGUUUGGGAGUCAUGGACGAUGGCUCUUCUUAUGCUAAAAUCGCAUCCAAUGUCAUCGAAUACUACGAUGACAGUUGCAACAAGUCACGCUCCAUCCUCAAGCGCGUGUAUUUCAGCAAUCUGUGGAGAGGGACAGCAACCAUUACUGCUGGAUGUAUAUUGAUACUGACUCUUAUCCAAACCGUGACUUCGAUCAUUGAUAUCAUUCAGAAGUGAACCUACUAAUCGUUAAAACGAACUUUGUCGAGUUCACCUUCAAAUUGAUGUCACCCUUGUUCAUAAGGUUUAGCUAAUACCAGCUAGCAACAUCUGUUUUAUCUUCUACUAAAAAUAACUCUUGCCUAUCUAUCUUUUAUGAUUUCCAAAAGUAUUGUGAUGUGUUCUUUUAAAAAUAUAUAUAUAUAUAUAUAUAUAUAUAUAUAUAUAUAUAUAUAUAUAUAUAUAUAUUGUGACGUUGUAGAUUUUUUUAUCAGAAAAGUGAUUGUUCCAAGAAGCUUUUGCAUAAAAUUCGCUAAUAUUUGGUAUCCAUAUAUAACAUUUUCGUGAAUUCUUUAUGAUAAUAUUGAACAACAAAAAAUAAAUAUUGAACAACACGUACAGUUAGAACAUCUUUACUCUCAUUUCUUAAGUGAGUUCUUAAGAGGUGGGUUCUACAAUUUUGUUAAAACCCACUUCUUUUUUCUCUUCCGCAAGAGGCGAGUUUAAUGAUGUUUUUGUACGUUCGCGGACCUUACUGAUAUGUGGCGAUCCGCGAUUAUGCAUGCAGUUCCUAAUGUUUUCGGUGGUAUUGGCUACAUAUACACAUCUUAUGCAAUCUGAAAAAUGGUAAUUUGAAAAUCAAUCGUUACACAUUCAAAUUCAAGAACUUAGCUUAUGCAAACAUUUCGCAGAAGAAAAAUACUCUCACCAGAGUAUUGUUAUAUCUCAAGAGUCAUUUGGUACCCUCCGCCACCGGCUUUAGUUCCUCCAUGUUCGUCGUUGUUUCUUGGAGUUGGUGAAAUGGGCAUGCAAUCUCCUAGACUUAUUGGAAUAUUUUUGGGUCUUUCUGUUUUCACCGACAAUGCCUAGUUACAAAUACACCGUCCCGAUGCAUGUAACCCUUUUUUCGUUCUCACAUUCACAUAUGAUUUGCUUCUAUGUAUAAUAUUUUCCCAAAUUAUUCAAAUCGGCAUAUAUAUUUCUUGUGGAGGGUAUAUCCAGCACACUAUAUAUAACCGUACAUUUAUUUAUUCCGUGUCGUAUUAAAAUGAUGUUUUAUAAUCUACCUAUUAGUCUUGUUUGUUCUUCACAGUUAUAAUUGUUGAUUAGUAGCUGUGCACUUUUCAAAUAGGGCAAUUAACAGCUUUUGGCAAGUGUAGAUGAAAUUGCAGCAUUCUCUGCAUACUAGAGAUUUGUAUCAAUUUGUAUAACAUUGCGAUUGAGAUAUGCCAUUAAAGACAUAUAUUUACCAGUUCUGCUUAGAAGGAUGAUAUAAAAUAUGAAUGUGAUUAAUCGCUAAGAGAAAUCAUAGAGAAUCUUCAUCUAGUAUAGCAAGUAGUCAGGGAAAUUUCGUUAUUAAUUUGUUUUAAUAAAGCUCGCGAUCAAACGAUGAAGAAAUAAAUUGGGACAAAGAAACUUAAAAAGAAAGAGCAGAUAACAACUUUUUUGCUGGCUUUCUUGACUGGACAGCUGAAACUUAAAUAUAGCACAUGUUUUUUUUUUUUUGUUAAAGAAAUAUAGCACAUGUUUUAAAAACAAUAUCUAAGCAAUUAAAUAAUUUAAUUAAUCAAAAAGUAAAUUAAAAAAAGAGAAAAUGACUCGGUUCUCAUUUGGCUACUGCAAAACCCAAUUUUAGAUAAUAUCAAUACACUUGGCACUUUUUUAUUUGUUAUCUCUUAAAGAAAAAAUUUAAAAUUAAUCACACAAUUUAUGGGUACAUAAGAUAGUAAUACAGUAAAAACUCUAUAAAUUAAUAAUGUUGAGACUACACCAAAACUAUAAUUUUUUAUUAAUAUAUAGAGAUAUUAAUUUAUCGAUAUAUUAAUUGAACUAAAAACUCAAUUUGGAACUAUAAAAUUAUAUUAUUUUAUAGAGAUUUUUAGUGUAUAUUAAUUUAUAGAGUAUUAAUUUAAAGUGGUUAUACUGUAUUAUAUAUAGUUAAAAAUAUCUUGUGGGGUUUUAACCGUUAGUGUAGCUCUUAUUCUAUCGUAAUCAAGUAGUUAGUUCAAAAAAAAUGAGAUUUUUCCUUGGUAAUGACAAUCGUUUUGUUGUCGAUCAGAAUCUUACUCUUCUUUGGAAUAAUUUCUUCAUCGUAUUGUAUAUGAAUAUUGUAUAUCAAUAAAUAGUUAACAUUUCACAGAACUCAAGGUUCUUUUUUUUUUUUAACACAAACUCAAGGUUUUUCAUUCUUCAAAAAACAAGAAAAAGACAAUAUAAAUGUGCGUACAUACAUAAUCUUGUAACCAACAAAAAAAAGGUUUUAAUAAUAUUCCUUCAGAGACCGACGAAUCUAUUUAAAUUUAUCAAUAAAAACUAAUUAAAUAACUUUUUAACUAUGCAGUAUUAAUUUUAAAAAUGACACUCAUUUAUGUUACUGGUAGUAAUUUAUUUUAUAAUUGACAAGUUGAAGUGUUUGCUAGUUACAGUGGCGCCCAAUCGAAUAAAACACUAGUUAAAUGUAAAUAAACAUUAUGUGCAUAUUUUACCCCAAAAAAACAUUAUGUGCAUAUGUAUAUAUAUUUUUUUUUGCUAAGAGUAUCCAGACCGAACGCAAUAAUAAAAACAUAAAUAUAGAACCACAUCAGAUAUUCAGUACAUACGUUAUUACGUAGUCACCGUAUUUCAGUGUAGUAUAUAUGUAGUUCUCAGCCAGUCAAAAAUUACAUCAUAGAGCAAUAAAUCCAGAAGAUUCCGCAAUAUAUAUUAUAGCUAGUAAUCAUAUAAAUAAAUUGAGCAUGCGUUAAAGACUAGAAGGGGUAAUGCCCUUUUACAAAAAAAAAAAAA